AUGAAGCCCAACAGACAGGGUAUUUAUGGCUUCGUCAAGAAUUCCGAUGUGCAGCCACUGCUCAAAUCGGAACUUCGAGGCCUUGCUAGCGUCAAAGACCGCCUUGCUGAAGCCACGGUGGUAGCAUUCGAUAUAGAAGGGGUCCACCAGCGUGGUUCAGAGGCGAGUGAGCUUGGAGUCGCGGUACUACGACCGAGUUCGAAGCCACUUCGCUUCUUCUCGUCUAUGUAUCACUUCUACAAUCAGAACGAGAUCGAGGCAUUUACCAUUCGCAUUCAAGAACGGCGAUACGGACCUGUUGUUGGAACCAUGACCGACGAGACCAAGGAGACUGCUGGCGCAAGACUGUACAAGUUCUUGUCCUCCAUCCAAGGCGAACUUAUAUUGGUUGGUUUUGGCAUGACGAGGGAAUUCAAAUGGAUCAGCGAUGAGUUUCCGGCCAUCGCAGCACUGUUCACUUCUUGGUGCGAUGUACAAGAGCUUGUCAGCGAUUACUACAAGAGCAUGACCGCCGAACCCGACAAAUUACUCAUUCAAUAUCACGCGCUCGACGAGUUCAUUGCCAAAGUGCAUGGGUCGCUUUACGAGGGAGUGAAACUGUUCGUUACACCAAUGGCUCCACCAAACAAGUAUCUAGCCGCCAAAAGGUCGAAUGAAAUGCCUUGGAAACAGCCGAGAACGGUCAGUAGGUACGAUGGCGAUGAUCUGAUAGCAGCUUUCGAGUAA